GAACUUGAUAUAUGUUGUCAUAGUUAUAGUACUUACUACGUACACGGAGUUGUAUGUAGAUGUAGGAUCCUUCUUCUCGUCACUUUGGGAUUUCGACAUCAUCGUCCUUAACCUCAUCUACUUCAAAGUAGAUCAACGUCAUGGCCCCUGCUCGGCCAGCGGAGAUCAACGUCAUGGCCCCUGCUCGGCCAGCGGCCGCGACAGAGGUGCCAGGCGUCACACUGCGCCUGUGGGCGCACUGCAGUGAAGAACUGCCCACGCUGCCGCAAGUCAAAGUCGAUUUCUUGUCGACUGCGGAGCAACCGAUGGAGAAGGUUAAAGAUGAAGAAUUCUUGGACCAGGACCAGCGCAAACAUCAUGACGAGGACCAACAAUGUCAUGAUUAAGGCUUGGGAGUUGACCUAUCAUCUAAGGGCGUCUCUAGCAUGAACAAUCUGACCCCUCCUCGUUUCAUCUAUGCUUGGGAGUUGACCUAUCAUCUAUGCGCGUCUCUAUGUCUUCUUCAAGUAGGAAAGCCACAGAUAUGCGAGCUAGAGAUGCCAACUUUCAACCCCUAACAUGACGACCACAAGAACAGGAACAAUCUGACCCCUCCUCGUUUCAUAGCCGGUUACGAGACGUCGCUUUCUUUGGGCGAUGUAGGUGUAGACUUCCUUCGUAAUUUCGCUCGUGCUGGAACGGCACACUUUAAAAACAGCAUAGAGAAGUUUUCCUUAGAUUUACUGCCGCUAUUGACCAUGGAUCAGUCGAGAGACUCUUUAGGGGGUUCUACCGAGCAGGUCAGGGAGGAAGGAGUAGAGGAGGAAGAAGAAGAUGAAGAAGAAAAUGGGGGUUGGGGAAAGUCAGGAGAAACAGGAGAAGGAGGAGAACGUAAUGUACCAGAAAAAGGAGACAGAGCAGCAGACGCAGGAAAACCACAAGUAUCAAGAAAAUUCGUUGAAAUCGUCAGAGACACGGGGACGGGAGGAGAUCAAAGUUAAGGCAACCAAGAGAGCAAUCUGAGUACCAUCCAGGGCUCUUUUUCUACUUGAAAACCAGCCAAGGAUGCGCGGGAGGGUGCUAAAAAUGGCGUUGCUCUAAAAUAGGCUUCAAGGCAUACGAUAUUGGGAGAUAGGGGCAGAAUUGUCGGAACCUCUGAGUAGUAGUCUAGCCCAUCAGAUGAUGAAUCCGUUUAGUAUCUCA